CGGAACUUCAGGAAAAUUGCCAGAACAUUUGGGUGUGCCUCGUUUAUCAAUGUUCUUAAAAGUUAUGGCAUAACGUUGAAAAUACUGUAGUUUUUCAUUCUGUAUUCAGAGUAACCGUCCACUGUUAAGUUUUAGAUCAACUGAAAGUCACAACAUGCCUUUACUGUGAUAUUGAAGUACCUGCAACACAACCAUGGUCAUUCUAACCAAGGGUGACUACAUCUGGAUUGAAUCGGAUAAGAAAGGAGGCGAAUUUGACGUGUCGCUCGGUGCGUGUGUCAAAUUCUCCGAUUCCGGUCAGAUCCAGGUCAUUGAUGACGAAGGCAAGGAACAAUGGUUAAAACCAGGCACCAAGAUCAAGCACAUGCAUCCCACGUCAGCCCAGGGCGUGGAGGACAUGAUCACUCUGGGAGAUCUACAUGAGGCUGGAAUCUUACGUAAUCUCUACACAAGAUACAAAGAUAACCUCAUUUAUACAUACACUGGUUCUAUCCUGGUGGCAGUAAACCCUUACCAGGUGCUGCCCAUCUACACAUCAGACCAGAUCAAGGCUUACAAGGACAGGAAGAUUGGAGAACUACCACCACAUAUAUUUGCAAUCUCAGACAACUCGUAUUAUAAUAUGAAGCGUUAUGGUAAUGACCAGUGCAUAAUCAUCAGUGGUGAAUCUGGAGCUGGUAAAACCGAAAGUACCAAGCUGAUCCUGCAGUUUCUGGCAGCCAUUAGUGGACAACAUUCCUGGAUAGAACAACAGAUCUUAGAAGCUAACCCAAUCAUGGAAGCCUUUGGCAAUGCAAAGACUAUACGUAAUGAUAACUCUAGUAGAUUUGGUAAAUACAUCGACAUUCACUUCAAUCAGAAUGGCUCCAUAGAGGGUGCUAAGAUUGAACAGUACUUAUUGGAAAAGUCUCGUAUCGUUAGUCAGGCGCGUGAUGAGAGAAACUACCACAUCUUCUACUGCAUGUUGGCGGGAAUGACACGCGAUGAGAAGAAUAAACUUGAUGUGAAGGAUGCGUCACAGUAUAACUAUCUCAUCCAGGGUCGGGAGAUCACAGUUGAUGGCCGCGAUGAUGCAAAGGAGUUUGCUGACAUCAGGUCUGCGAUGAAGGUGCUCAUGUUCACAGACGCUGAAGUUUGGGAGAUCCUCAAGAUCCUUUCUGCUUUGUUACAUAUGGGCAAUGUGAGAUACAGUGCCACUGUAAUUGACAACUUGGAUGCAACUGUAGUGAAUGAUAAAAAUGAAGUGAAACGAGCAGCGAAUCUCUUGGGUGUGCAAACGGAUGAUCUCAUUGAGGCCUUGACAACAAAGACAAUAUUUACUCGGGGUGAUUCUGUCACAUCGACCCUAAGUGCCAAUAAUUCUCUUGACGUGAGGGAUGCAUUUGUCAAGGGCGUGUAUGGGCGCAUGUUUGUGUGGAUUGUGGAUAAGAUUAACACUGCCAUCUAUAAACCCAAGAAGGAAUCAAAGAAAACAAGGAAAUCAAUUGGUGUCUUGGAUAUAUUUGGUUUUGAGAACUUUGAUAAGAACAGUUUUGAACAACUGUGCAUUAAUUAUGCAAAUGAGAACCUGCAACAGUUCUUUGUGCGCCACAUCUUCAAGAUUGAGCAGGAGGAAUACAAUAACGAGGCGAUCAGCUGGCGCCAUAUCGAGUUCAUUGACAAUCAGGAAGCGCUUGAUCUCAUCGCGGUCAAACCAAUGAACGUCAUGGCUCUCAUCGAUGAAGAGAGUCGCUUCCCGAGGGGUACUGACCAGACCAUGCUGGGUAAGAUGCACUCCCAGCACAUCAGCAACAGGAACUACCUUAAGCCUAAGGCUGACAUCAACAUGUCCUUUGGUCUCAACCACUUUGCAGGAGUCGUAUUCUACGAUGUGAAUGGCUUCCUGGAGAAGAAUCGUGACACAUUCAGCGGUGACCUGAUCCAGUUGAUUCAGACGUCUAAGAACAAGUAUCUUGUGAGCCUGUUCAUGCAGGAUCUGUCCAUGGGAUCGGAGACGAGGAAAAGAGCUCCUACGCUGAGUGCACAGUUCAAGAAGUCUUUAGAUUCCUUAAUGAGAACCUUGGGGAACUGCCAGCCUUUCUUUGUCAGGUGUAUCAAGCCAAACGAGUUCAAGAAACCUCAGUUAUUUGACCGCGAGCUCUGCUGUAAACAGCUCCGUUACUCGGGCAUGAUGGAAACAAUCCGCAUCAGACGCGCUGGAUAUCCCAUCAGGCACUACUUCACUGACUUCGUCGACCGCUAUCGCAUCUUGACGACAGGUAUCCCGCCAUCCCAUAAGUGUGAGCCCAAGGCAGCAUCCCUGAAGAUCUGUCAGGCGGUCCUCAAGAGCAAUGAGUUUCAGAUGGGAAAGACAAAGGUUUUUCUCAAGGAUGCCCAAGAUGCCUACCUGGAGUCUGAGAGAGAACGUGUCCUGACCGGCCGCAUUGUGGUUAUCCAAAAGUUCAUCCGAGGCUGGCAAUGUCGUAAGCGCUUCCUGAAGAUGAAGAAGGACAGUGUGACGAUCCAGGCGUUCUGGCGUGGCUGUGCCCAGAGGAAGAGAUACAAGGCGAUGAGACAAGGUUACAUGAGACUUCAGGCCGUGUUCCGGUCUCGAAUCCUGACACACCGCUUUAUGACCCUGCGCACGAAGAUCAUCAACUUCCAGCGCUACUGUCGUGGCUACCUAGCCCGCAGGAACUACACACGGCGCCUGCAGAGUGCCAUCAAGAUCCAGGCUUCAGUGAGGAUGUUGAUCGCCAAGAAGAAGUACAGGUAUCUGAGGAUUGAGCAUCGGCGUAAGAUGGAAGCUGAGCGUCUUCGUCAAGAAGAGGAGGAGAAACUGCGCCGCCAGAUGAACGCCAAGAAGGCCAAGCAAGAAGCCGAGCGCAAGCACAAGGAGCGUCUCGCCUUAAUCGAGAAGGACCAGCGGGAUAUGGAAGCAAAACAGCGGCAGGAAUCAGAGAUCAAGAAAACGCAGAUUGAGAAUGCUGAGAGGAAGCGCAACGAGCCAAUCGAUGAUUCCAAAAUGGUCGAGGAAAUGUUUGGUUUCAUUGACGAACAGACUGCGACUGGAGAAGGUGCCGCGCCCACAGCUUUUAAAGACUUGGAAGCCGGCAGACAGAAAGCCAUACAAGAGAAUGGCUGGGCGGUCUCUGAAAUGUCACUCCCUGUGCCAGAAGAAGAUGAAGAUAUCUCCGAGUACAAGUUUGCAAAGUUUGCGGCAACCUAUUUCCAGGGGAGCAACGCCACUCAUACUUACGUCAGGCGUACAUUGAAACAACCAUUGCUGCCUCUGAAGAAUGAGGGAGAUCAGUUGGCUGCCCUUGCUGUGUGGGUAACGAUCCUGAGAUUCAUGGGUGAUCUCCCUGAGCCCAAGUACCACACCUCCAUGGCCGAGUCGAGGGACACCACCCCGGUUAUGACCAAGAUCUAUUCCACCCUGGGACGCAGGUUCAACAAGAAGGAUAUUGAGGAUGCGAUCAGGAUGGGAGAUGAAAUGGAGAGAGAACCAUCUGCCUCGACUCGCAGCAAACGGAGCAUGCGGAAAAAGAUUGUGUCGCUGACCUUAAAGAAGAAGUCCAAGAUAACGGAAGAUGUUGCAAAUCGUCUCCGUGAUGGUGAAUACAUAGGAAGUGGUAAUGCAUUGCUGGAGGACAGACCAACGUCGAACCUGGAGAAGUUACAUUUCAUCAUUGGCCACGGAAUCCUGCGACCGGAGCUUCGUGACGAGAUCUACUGUCAGAUCUGUAAACAGCUCACCCAGAAUCCGUCCAAGAGCAGCCACGCAAGAGGCUGGAUCCUACUGUCGUUGUGUGUCGGCUGCUUUGCCCCAUCAGAAAGGUUUGUCAAGUACCUGCGAUGCUUCAUCAAAGAGGGUCCACCUGGCUACGCUCCCUAUUGUGAAGAGAGGCUGCGUAGAACCUUCGCGAAUGGAACGAGAAAUCAACCACCAAGUUGGCUUGAACUGCAGGCUACUAAAUCGAAGAAACCCCUCAUGCUUCCGAUCACAUUCAUGGAUGGGAAUACGAAGACACUGCUAGCCGACUCUGCCACGACUGCGAGGGAGCUGUGUCAGCAGCUGGCGGAUAAGAUCAACCUCAAGGAUCAGUUUGGUUUCUCACUUUAUAUUGCUCUUUUUGACAAGGUGUCGUCACUUGGCAGCGGUGGAGACCACGUCAUGGAUGCAAUCUCCCAAUGUGAGCAAUAUGCCAAAGAACAAGGUGCCCAGGAACGCAAUGCCCCCUGGCGGCUCUUCUUUAGGAAGGAGAUCUAUGCUCCGUGGCAUGACCCAGCCGAGGAUCCAAUCGCGACCAAUCUCAUUUAUCAACAGGUUGUGCGAGGAAUCAAGUUUGGAGAGUAUCGAUGUGACCGGGAUGAAGAUCUUGCAAUGAUCGCGGCACAACAGUAUUACAUAGAUUAUGGUUCUGAGAUCGUGCCAGAUCGCCUUCAGUCCCUCCUCCCUUCCUACAUCCCAGACUCCAGUCUGCAAGGCAACAGAACACUCAACUACUGGCUCUCGAAGGUCAUCCAUGGCCAUCAGAAAUCCUACUUCAGCCGAGAGCAUGCACCGCCACUGAAGGUCAAGGAAGACAUUGUCAACUAUGCAAAAUACAAAUGGCCAUUGCUCUUCUCAAGAUUCUAUGAAGCAUACAAGUUCGCCGGGCCAAGUUUGCCAAAGAAUGAUGUCAUAAUUGCUGUUAAUUGGACUGGAGUGUACGUGGUGGACGACCAGGAGCAGGUCUUGCUUGAAUUGUCAUUCCCUGAGAUCACGGCCGUCUCCAGCAGUAGAACUGGUAAAAUGCACGGCCAGAGUUUCACUUUGGCCACAGUGAAAGGGGACGAGUACACAUUCACAUCACCCAACGCUGAGGACAUACGUGAUCUUGUUGUUACGUUUCUUGAGGGGUUGAAGAAACGUUCCAAAUAUGUGAUCGCCCUCCAGGAUUACAGGUCGCCAGGUACGGGCCACCGAGGUGAAGGAUCAUCCUUCUUGAGUUUCCAAAAAGGUGACCUGAUCAUCCUCGACCAGGAGAAUGGCGAGACUGUCAUGAACUCAGGAUGGUGCUAUGGAGAGUGUUCCCGCUCGGGCCUGCGUGGAGAUUUCCCAGCAGAAUGUGUCUAUGUUCUUCCCACGAUAACUAAACCGCCACCAGAAAUUCUUAGUCUAUUUGCACAGCAGUCGGGAGAAAACACACAGCUGCCCACGCCAAGUCACAUUGUCGACUUGUCAGCUGAACCAGAAGAGAAACCACACACACUUGAACAGUACUCAUAUGAUCAUUUCAGGCCUCCACCCAAGAGAACUCUAUCAAAAACCUUAUCACUCCCAAACGCCAGCAAGCGUCGCCGUGCUGAUGACCUCUGGAGGUACAGCAAGGAACCUAUCAAACAACCUCUGCUGAAGAAACUGUUGGGGAAGGAGGAACUAAGCCAGGAGGCAGGUCUGUGUUUCCUGGCCGUGUUGAAGUACAUGGGAGACCACCCAUCUAGGAGGAGUCGGGCUGGAAAUGAACUCACAGACCAGAUCUUUGAGGCACCACUUAAACAUGAACUGCUGAAAGAUGAGGUCUACUGUCAGGUGAUAAAGCAGUUGACAGACAACAGGAACAGGAUCAGUGAGGAGCGUGGCUGGGACCUGAUGUGGCUCGCAACAGGCUGCUUCACACCGAGCACGAACCUCUUGAAGGAGGUCACCCUCUUCCUCAGGACCAAGAAAAACCCUGUCUCUCAGGACUGUCUCCAGCGUUUACAGAAGACAUUGAGGAAAGGCCAGAGGAAGUACCCGCCUCACCAGGUGGAAGUGGAGGCAAUCCAACACAAGACAACUCAGAUUUACCACAAGGUUUACUUCCCAGAUGAUUCUGAUGAGGCUCCUUGGCUGGACAGAGCAUUUGAAGUUGAUUCAAGUACUCGUGCCAAGGACUUCUGCCAGAACAUCGCCAAUCGCCUCAAUCUCAAAUCAGCAGAGGGCUUCAGUUUGUUUGUCAAGAUAGCAGACAAAGUGAUCAGUGUGCCAGAAGGAGACUUCUUCUUUGACUUUGUGCGACAUCUGACCGAUUGGAUAAAGAAAGCUCGACCCACACGAGACGGUGUCACUCCUCAGUUUGUGUAUCAGGUGUUCUUCAUGAAGAAGCUCUGGACAACCACUGUACCUGGCAAGGAUAGGAACGCUGACAUCAUUUUCCAUUACCACCAAGAAUUACCCAAACUGUUGCGAGGCUACCACAAGUGUUCCCCUGAAGAGGCAUCAACGCUAGCUGGCCUUAUCUUCCGUGUCAAACAUGGCGAUGAUAAAUCCCAGUUGCCAAACAUACCACGGCGAUUACGUGAGUUCAUCCCAGCCGACCUGAUCCGGCAACGGCCAGUUGAGGAUUGGAAGAGAGCAGUGGUGGCUGCCUUUAAUCGUGAUUCGGGUAUCAGUCCCGAAGAGGCCAAAGUGGCCUUCCUCAAGAUCAUCUACAAAUGGCCAACAUUUGGUUCAGCAUUCUUUGAGGUCAAGCAAACUACUGAACCCAACUUCCCAGAAAUUCUCCUGAUUGCAAUCAACAAAAAUGGUGUCAACCUGAUUCACCCGCAAACAAAAGAUAUCCUGGCAACCCAUCCUUUCACUAGAAUCUCGAACUGGAGUAGCGGAAAUACAUAUUUCCAUAUGACUAUCGGAAACCUGGUCCGUGGAAGUAAACUGCUGUGUGAAACAUCUCUAGGUUACAAAAUGGACGAUCUCUUGACGUCUUACAUCAGUCUGAUGUUGACGAAGAUGACAACCAGUGCUGUUGAUCAGGAUAUAAUGGAGAAGUGAAGAGGAUGAAAGUCAACCUGUGAUUACUACAGAAUGCAUCUCCCAAAAUAUUCUGUAUUUUGUUUUGUUGAAGAAAAUGAAGCCCAGACAAGGCAGGAGGCUUGAAGACAUGAUUGGUUUAACGCAUUACAUUACAUUCAGCAUUCAGAGUUUUGUUUCAGCUAGAUGCACUGUACAAUUUUAUUUGAUACUGUGCAUAGAGGCACCUAAGGGCAGGUGCAGUUCAGAGAGGCACCUCAGGGGCAGUUCUAUACUGUACAUGGAGGCACCAAGAGGGAGGGGCUGUGCUAAAUGUGUGAUUAGUCAAUGUUCUAUUGACAUGGACUGUAGUUGAUACACACUGAUGGUUGGCGACCUUUCUAACAGUUGCAAGCAGACCUUGAGUUCUCAAGAGAAGGAUGCCUUGCAGCUCUGGGUCAACACAGAUGCUUGGAGUGUUGUGUAUAUUUGGCAUGUACAAAUUAGUUAAUUGUAUACAUUUUGGUACGAAAUGAUUUAGAAUAUGAUUUUCUGGUAUAUAUUAUUAUCAUCAUUAUUAUUAUUACAUAUUGAUCACAGCUGACCCGAGCAGUCAGUUUAGCAUUUUUGUUAUCUGUCCAGUUAUUUUAGAAAUAAUUUAUUUUGUAUGCAUGCUGUUACAUGUUGGUGAUGAGUGGUGUCAAAGUGAUGUUCACUCCUAUAAUCUUGGCACACACUUUCCUUCAGCUUUUGGCUCAUCAGGGCAUCGUGGCAUCUUUGCUCUUGUAUGCAUAAUAUAAUCAUAGCGUUAUUUCUGUCAUGUGCUCUAACCGAAGUUAUUCCAUUUAGUCUGGCUCACUGCUUAUGUUUCACACUUCAAAACUAUUGUUCACCAACUUGGUGCAAUGAGUAACUUGUCUGAAGCGAGUCAAUCUUAGCCUCCACUUUUGGUUGUCCAUAUGCAGCCCACUCUGUCGAGGAAUGCUAUAGCUAUUGUAGUGGCUCCCAUUAGUACUUUGGCACACUCCCCCAUGCAUCAGUAGGCCUACGAGACCAGCCCACUCUGUCGAGGAAUGCUAUAGCUAUUGUAGUGGCUCCCAUUAGUACAUUGGCACACUCCCCCAUGCAUCAGUAGGCCUACGAGACCAGCCCACUCUGUAGAGGAAUGCUAUAGCUAUUGUAGUGGCUCCCAUUAGUACUUUGGCACACUCCCCCAUGCAUCAGUAGGCCUACGAGACCAGCCCACUCUGUAGAGGAAUGCUAUAGCUAUUGUAGUGGCUCCCAUUAGUACUUUGGCACACUCCCCCAUGCAUCAGUAGGCCUACGAGACCAGCCCACUCUGUCGAGGAAUGCUAUAGCUAUUGUAGUGGCUCCCAUUAGUACAUUGGCACACUCCCCCAUGCAUCAGUAGGCCUACGAGACCAGCCCACUCUGUCGAGGAAUGCUAUAGCUAUUGUAGUGGCUCCCAUUAGUACAUUGGCACACUCCCCCAUGCAUCAGUAGGCCUACGAGACCAUUCCACUCUGUCGAGGAAUGCUAUAGCUAUUGUAGUGGCUCCCAUUAGUACUUUGGCACACUCCCCCAUGCAUCAGUAGGCCUACGAGACCAGCCCACUCUGUCGAGGAAUGCUAUAGCUAUUGUAGUGGCUCCCAUUAGUACAUUGGCACACUCCCCCAUGCAUCAGUAGGCCUACGAGACCAGCCCACUCUGUCGAGGAAUGCUAUAGCUAUUGUAGUGGCUCCCAUUAGUACAUUGGCACACUCCCCCAUGCAUCAGUAGGCCUACGAGACCAGCCCACUCUGUCGAGGAAUGCUAUAGCUAUUGUAGUGGCUCCCAUUAGUACUUUGGCACACUCCCCCAUGCAUCAGUAGGCCUACGAGACCAGCCCACUCUGUCGAGGAAUGCUAUAGCUAUUGUAGUGGCUCCCAUUAGUACUUUGGCACACUCCCCCAUGCAUCAGUAGGCCUACGAGACCAGCCCACUCUGUCGAGGAAUGCUAUAGCUAUUGUAGUGGCUCCCAUUAGUACUUUGGCACACUCCCCCAUGCAUCAGUAGGCCUACGAGACCAGCCCACUCUGUCGAGGAAUGCUAUAGCUAUUGUAGUGGCUCCCAUUAGUACUUUGGCACACUCCCCCAUGCAUCAGUAGGCCUACGAGACCAGCCCACUCUGUAGAGGAAUGCUAUAGCUAUUGUAGUGGCUCCCAUUAGUACUUUGGCACACUCCCCCAUGCAUCAGUAGGCCUACGAGACCAGCCCACUCUGUCGAGGAAUGCUAUAGCUAUUGUAGUGGCUCCCAUUAGUACUUUGGCACACUCCCCCAUUCAUCAGUAGGCCUACGAGACCAGCCCACUCUGUCGAGGAAUGCUAUAGCUAUUGUAGUGGCUCCCAUUAGUACUUUGGCACACUCCCCCAUGCAUCAGUAGGCCUACGAGACCAGCCCACUCUGUCGAGGAAUGCUAUAGCUAUUGUAGUGGCUCCCAUUAGUACUUUGGCACACUCCCCCAUGCAUCAGUAGGCCUACGAGACCAGCCCACUCUGUAGAGGAAUGCUAUAGCUAUUGUAGUGGCUCCCAUUAGUACUUUGGCACACUCCCCCAUGCAUCAGUACGAGACCAUUUCCUUAUACAGCAGAACCUCCCUUAGCAGACACCUCUCUAUUAAGGACACCCUCUCUAUAAAGAACACUGGUUUUGGUCCCAAAUUGGGAGUUUCCAUUCAAUUUGACCUCUCUUAAGCAUUUCCUAAGACUGGUAGAAUCGUGUGUUUCUGUUUGUAAAUAUACUUCUCAUGAACAUAUCACUUUUGAUAGAGUCAAAAUGGCUGCCUGAUAUAACCAGCAUGGAAAAGAUUUCCUCCACCCAUCCUCACCUGUUCUAUAUGUAUGUGUUAUCAAUUUACUGUAACCAUGGUAACAUUCUGUUAUUUAUCCAUUAACAUUCCAUAAUUUUUCAGUUGUAAUUUGACCCUGAAUACUGGCUGCAGGCCCUGAACUAAUAAUUGAUGAGAAGGAUUCUCUGCGAUAUUGGCUCAGCCUUCCCUUUUAAAACUAGUUGACAUUUACAUUCCAUAUAUUGCAUGAAGAUGGAUGCGUUUGUUCUGAUUGUAGCCAUAUAGUGUCUUUAUUUGUGAGGAAUCCGUCCGUUGUUACAUAUCUGGAGCUCAAUGAGAUUUCUCCAUCAAGCACAUACAUUUGUACAAUGUCAGUUUUGCCUAGUUGAUAGGGUUUGCUUCUAUACUCACAAUCAAUAUGUCCUUGGUGUUGUCCCACAUACACUCUGUACUAUACAAGUAACUCCUGUUUUCAUAGUUAUACCAUUUCUUUACUAUAAUCGAACUGUAGCCAUUCCAGUGUUACAUGUAUUGACUAUUAUUUUCUACAAAAUAACACCAAGCAUUCCAGUAUUUAAAAGAUCACCUUUUGUGCCCGUCAAUUUAUCAAUUUCAUGUAUAUGUAGGUGGCUGGUGAUACUUCUUGAUCUUUUGUGUUCCUAAUUCUUACUAUAUGCACUAUCUCCAUGGAGACAAACAAGUGCUCUACUAUAUUCUAGUAAUUUCCAGAAUAAAUCCACGUGGCACCGCACUCUGUUAUUGUGCAUAUAUGGUGUAUCACAUGAGUGGUAUUGUGCAUGCAUGGUGUAUCACAUGAGUGGUAUUGUGCAUGCAUGGUGUAUCACAUUAGUUGUAUUAUCUAUUUCUGUAGAAACCAAGGAUCAUCAGAUCAACAGUUUAUGCCUGUUUCGCCUAUUCCUGUUUUGCCUAUUCCUGUUUCGCCUAUUCCUGUUUGGCCUAUUCCUGUUUCGCCUAUUCCUGUUUCGCCUACUUCCUGUUUCGCCUACUUUCCAGUACCCCUACAAUAAAUCGACUCUCCCAGGGGGAACCUUAGGGAUGCAUGUCCAUUUUAUGGGGAAAAUGUGAGGGGACAAUUGGAUAAUGUUAACGAUGUGAUGACAAUUUGACUAAUCAAAUGCCAUCAACUUUGUUAACAAACCAUGCCAUGACCGUUUUGAAAGAGUCACCUUGAAAGCGGGGACAGUCCGGGACUUAUUUGACCAUAGGACCGUACUGACAGUGACACACAGUAAAAACUAAUAGAUUAAGUAGAGUAAAGCAGUCGCUUAUUUUAUAAAAACAGGAAUUCAUGAGUUUUUGAUAAAAAUACAUAAUACUGUACAUUCUCAUAAUUAUUUGAUGAAAAUCAGCUGUAAAACCCAUGUCAUAAUAAAGAACAAUGUAGCUAUAGGUAUUCUUACUAUUAAGAAGCCAGUUACUGACUAAGACAAAAGAAAGAGAAUCCACAAUAUAAAAUGCAGGCCUGAGAAACCUUUCUCAAAUCUAAUGAAAGGGUAAAACUUUCUUACUAUUUUAUUUCUUGCCUUUUAAAAUAAGCUAAAACAUAAGCCUAUGUAAGCUAUGUAUAAUUUUCCAAAGUUAUUCCGAAUAAUACUGAAAUAAUUGACAUGUCGCUAAAUCCAUUAUUUCAGACUUUAUUCUUAAUGAUAGCCUUUAACGCUAUUGUAAGGGACGGUUCAUAUUCCUACCUCUGUGGGGAGGUAAGCAAUACAUUUGAAUAGGCGAAACAGGAAUAGGUGAAACAGGAAUUAGGCGAAACAGGAAUAGGUGAAACAGGAAUUAGGCAAAACAGGAAUUAGGCGAAACAGGAAUAGGUGAAACAGGAAUUAGGCAAAACAGGAAUUAGGCGAAACAGGAAUUAGGCAAAACAGGAAUAGGCAGAACAGGAAUACACCAUCAGAUCUGCUAUGGAGACAAAGCUGUGAAGACAUGUCACUCAGUCAUACAAGACCUACUUGACUUCACUUAUUAUUCAUCGCAAGCAAGCCACUCUCAUUGAUCCAGUUCUUGGCCAGAGUAUAGCAUUCCUGAGUGGCCACUCUCCGAUUAUCAAAUAUAACUAAUCGUCUGUUUAUUCUCCACACUUUCUUCAUUUGAUUUAAAUGGUUUGCGUUGGGUUGAGGUGAUUUUUGUGCUACUUUACAAAAACAACAGAACAUAAAAACCAGAAAGACGAGCGUGGCUAUUAACCAUUUGUAAAGACUUUAUUUAUUUUCCAAGUCUAUAUUGUAUCUCUGAUAAUGCACAGCAAGUCCAGAGGAGACUUCUUUGGAAGGAAUGCAACUAAAUACUAAUAUGAAUCUGACAUUGUAGAUAUAUUGGAUUUACAAAUAAAGUAUUUAAUCACAAAGAAAUGUGUCUUUCUGAUGUUUCUCUUGCAAAUCUUCCCGGUUGAUCAGGGAUCGAGUUCUUAUCUUCGUUCAUUAUUCUCGCUAUCUUGUCUGAGAGCAGUGCAUGAUUGUUGGUACCCAACCCAUUAUGAUUAUGGGCUCCACUACAGUGGAGACCAUAUUGAUAUCACUCAGGUACACUA